CUCGGCGCUCGCAGCGUGCGGAAGUGCGGCCCUCCGGCUGGCUGCUGCGGCCCGGAGCUGGGGCGGGUCGGCGGGGAUCUGUAGCCCCGGCUGCAGGCAACGGAGGCUGGAGGUUGCUUCUAUAACUGGAUCACGUGUUUGCUACAUAAAGCACAAUGUCUCGAUCCCGGCAGCCUCCGCUUGUGACAGGCAUCUCUCCAAAUGAAGGAAUACCUUGGACCAAGGUCACAAUUCGAGGGGAGAACCUGGGUACUGGUCCCACUGACCUUAUAGGCUUGACAAUUUGUGGCCAUAAUUGCCUCCUCACGGCAGAAUGGAUGUCUGCAAGUAAAAUCGUGUGUCGCGUGGGCCAAGCCAAAAAUGACAAAGGAGACAUUAUUGUCACAACUAAGUCAGGGGGCAAAGGAACCUCAACAGUAUCUUUUAAACUACUGAAACCUGAAAAAAUAGGCAUCUUAGAUCAGUCUGCAGUGUGGGUGGAUGAAAUGAAUUAUUAUGAUAUGCGGACUGACAGAAAUAAGGGGAUUCCUCCUUUGUCACUCCGUCCUGCAAAUCCACUUGGCAUUGAAAUUGAAAAAAGUAAACUUCCUCAGAAGGACUUAGAAGCGUUGUUUCAUGGCAUGAGUGCUGAUUUUACGAGCGAGAAUUUUUCAGCUGCGUGGUAUCUUAUAGAGAAUCACUCCACCACCAGUUUUGAACAGCUCAAGAUGGCAGUCACCAACCUCAAAAGGCAGGCCAAUAAGAAGAGCGAGGGGAGUCUAGCCUAUGUGAAGGGCGGCCUCAGUACCUUCUUUGAAGCUCAGGAUGCUCUCUCAGCUAUCCACCAAAAACUCGAAGCGGAUGGAACUGAAAAAGUAGAAGGAUCCAUGACACAGAAACUGGAGAAUGUCCUCAACAGAGCAAGUAACACUGCUGACACAUUAUUUCAAGAAGUGUUAGGUCGAAAAGACAAAGCAGAUUCCACUAGGAAUGCCCUCAAUGUGCUGCAGCGAUUUAAAUUUCUCUUCAACCUUCCUCUCAAUAUUAAACGGAACAUUCAGAAGGGGGAUUAUGAUGUGGUUAUUAAUGAUUAUGAAAAAGCCAAGUCACUCUUUGGGAAAACAGAGGUGCAAGUUUUCAAGAAAUAUUAUGCUGAAGUAGAAGCAGGAAUUGAAGAUCUAAGAGAAUUACUUCUAAAGAAAUUGCUCGAGACUCCAUCAACCUUGCAUGACCAAAAGCGUUACAUAAGGUAUCUCUCUGACCUUCAUGCACCUGGUGACCCUGCCUGGCAGUGUAUCGGAGCUCAGCACAAGUGGACACUCAAACUCAUGCAAGACUGCAAAGAGGGCCACAUGAAGAGUCUAAAAGGUAACCCAGGCCCGCACAGCCCCAUGCUGGACCUUGAUAACGACGUUCGUCCCUCAGUGUUGGGCCAUCUCAGCCAGACUGCGUCACUGAAGAGGGGUAGCAGCUUUCAGUCUGGUCGCGAUGACACAUGGAGGUACAAAACUCCCCACAGAGUGGCAUUUGUUGAAAAAUUAACGAAGCUUGUGUUAAGUCAGCUGCCUAACUUCUGGAAACUCUGGAUUUCAUAUGUUAAUGGAAGUCUUUUCAGUGAGACUGCUGAGAAGUCAGGCCAGAUUGAAAGAUCCAAGAAUGUAAGGCAGAGACAAAAUGACUUCAAGAAAAUGAUCCAGGAAGUUAUGCAAUCCCUGGUGAAGCUGAUCCGGGGAGCCCUGCUCCCACUCAGCCUCAGAGAGGGUGAUGGAAGGCAGUAUGGAGGCUGGGAGGUGCAGGCAGAGCUCUCAGGGCAGUGGCUCGCACAUGUUAUCCAGACCAUAAGGCUGACGUAUGAAUCGUUGACUGCCCUGGAAAUUCCCAAUGACAUGUUACAGAUUAUCCAGGACCUAAUCUUGGACCUCCGUAUACGUUGUAUAAUGGUGACUUUGCAGCAUACAGCAGAAGAAAUAAAGAGAUUAGCUGAAAAAGAAGAUUGGAUUGUUGACAAUGAAGGACUGACUUCCCUACCAUAUCAGUUUGAACAGAGCAUCGUGCACGCCCUGCAGUCAUUGAAGGGUGUUGUCGACUGCAAGCCUGGAGAAGCCAGUGUCUUUCAACAGCCUAAAACCCAGGAGGAGGUUUGCCAACUGAGCAUCAAUAUCAUGCAGGUUUUUAUAUACUGCCUGGAACAACUGAGCACCAAGCCUGAUGCAGACAUAGAUACUACUCAUCUUUCUGUGGAUGUUUCGUCUCCUGAUUUGUUUGGAAGCAUCCAUGAAGACUUCAGUUUGACUUCAGAACAGCGACUUUUGAUAGUCCUGAGCAAUUGCUGCUAUUUAGAACGUCACACCUUCCUAAACAUAGCAGAGCAUUUUGAAAAGCACAACUUCCAGGGAAUAGAAAAAAUAACACAGGUUAGCAUGGCAUCACUGAAAGAACUAGACCAACGACUCUUUGAAAAUUACAUUGAGCUAAAAGCAGAUCCUAUUGUUGGAUCCCUGGAACCCGGGAUAUAUGCAGGCUAUUUUGACUGGAAAGACUGCCUGCCUCCCACAGGUGUCAGAAACUAUUUAAAAGAAGCGUUGGUGAACAUAAUUGCUGUGCACGCAGAGGUGUUCACUGUUUCCAAAGAACUGGUGCCCCGGGUCCUGUCCAGGGUGAUAGAAGCAGUCUCUGAAGAGCUGAGCCGGCUGAUGCAGUGUGUAUCUUCCUUCAGCAGAAAUGGAGCGCUGCAGGCAAGACUUGAAAUCUGUGCUCUGAGAGACACCGUAGCCAUUUACCUGACCCCGGAAAGCAGAUCUAGUUUUAAACAGGCCCUGGAAGCCCUGCCUCAACUUGCAAGUGGCGCAGACAAAAAGUUACUAGAAGAGCUACUCAACAAGUUCAAGAGCAGUAUGCACUUGCAGCUCGCCUGUUUCCAAGCUGCAUCCCCAACCAUGAUGAAAACAUAGCUGCCUGUGGAGGAAGAGCAUCCAGAGACAGCCAGCGUGAGACCGUCCUCUUCCUGUGCCAGCGGGCUAGCCCAUGUCCAAGCACUGCGUUUAAUUUCUCUUUUCCCCUUUAUGGUGGCACAGAAAGAUGUUGGUGGAUAUUUAAUUUCAGCCUAUUUAAACAACCCUAUCAUAAUGUGCACAAACAGUUUUUAUUGUUAUUAGCUUUGGUCCAGUAAGGCUACAUAGCAUACUCUUCUAAUUGUUUUUUCUUGACUAAAUGUUGUAUGGUGUGAGCUUCAGGGGACUUCUCUAGAGUGUUCUGGAGUGGCCCGUGGUGUAAAUGAAUGCAGUUCUAAGCACCUGUUUACUGCCUCGGUGUUGGCAAUCUCCAGUCCAGGUGAGGCAUUCGAGAAGAGAUUUAAAGUCACAGCUUUGGAGCUGUGCCCAAAACCUAAAAAUCAUCGUUUCAUACAACUCGCUCUAAGGUUCCUAGGUUUGGUUUGUUUUGUUUUUGGUUUUUUUUUUUUUUUU